AUGAUCUCAUUCUAUGUUCAUGAGGCGGCUCGAAUCAAGAAGGAAAAAGAGGCCAAUACCUCACACCUCACCACCAAUGCCCACAAACAACAUCACUUUAAGCCAAGUUCACAUGUUGUUGCCAAUAAGGACAACACCAAGGCUAAUCCUCCUCCUAAAAGAUUUCGUAAGCCAGAGGAAACUAAGUACAGACCAAGACAUGUCUUCAUAGGGAAUGGCAAAAAGUUCCAGUUCAUGCAUUACGAUCAAUUAGGCUUCAACUAG